AAGAUAGGUGCGAGUCAAAUUUUUGGGCUCUUUCAUGUAUGUCUUUGUCUUUAUCAGAUUAAUUAUCUACCUACUCUUUAUUUCCCACCACAAAUUAAUAAGGUCAAUGGUAAUUUUCAGUAUCAAAUCAAUUGAAUUUGGUUUAACUUUCGUUUCUCUUUAUCAUCUUCACAUUUCUUCUCUUUCAAUCAUUCAGAAAUACUUUCACUCACAAACCUCUCUGAAACCACAUCCUUUGAUUCCUUCGGUUUGCGCCUUACUUGCCCUGUCACAAACCUCUCCGAAACUAGUUCCCCUGAUUUCUUCAGUUCGCACCCUGGUUGCCCUGUUACUUUCUUUUUGCCCAAUUUCUGGUUUUUUCUUCCAAAAAAAAAAAAACCUUCUUGCAUUUGGUUAUUUCUCAAUUACCAGAAAAAAAUCCGUUUCUCUAAUUUAUUUUUAAUUUCGGCAGUUGUAUUUUAAUUAUUUUCAUUUUCUUUACUUCUGUUUUUCAAACCUGAAAAAAGUUUUAAAAAAUGGUUGAGGUUGCCGGGAGUGUUGGGGGUGUGCUGAGUCCUGUCCUUCAAGUUGCCCAGUGGUUGGCUGCUCCAAUUUGGCGUCCAUUUAAGUACUUGUACAACUACGCUACCAAUUUCAAAAAUCUGGAGACGGAAGUUGAUAAGUUGAAGAAUACAAGAGCAGAAGUUGAGCGUAUGAUUAUUGCUGCUAAAAGAAAUGUGGAAGUGAUAUACAAAAAUGUUGAGAAGUGGCAGGACAGUGCGCAGGAGAUGAUUGAUAAAGCAGAGCAGUUGAUUAAAGAGAAAGAACAGUUCAUUCGAGAGAAAGCAAACAACCCGCGUUGUUUCAAGGGAUUGUGCUCCAAUUUCAUCAUCCACUACAAACAAAGUAGGAAAGCUUUUAAAUUGAAACGUGAUGAUAUUGAUCCACUCCUCCAGCAAGAAUUGGGUCCAAUUUCCUAUCAAACUAAUCCACCAGAGAUCUGGCUUAGAUCUAGUGAAAAUUAUUUGGCUUUUGAAUCAAGAAACUCCAUGGUAAAUAAUGUAUGGCAUGCUUUAAAGGAUGAGAAUGUGUACAUGAUUGGUGUUUAUGGGAUGGGUGGUCUUGGGAAGACCACGCUUGUGCAAGAAGCCGGUAGGAAAGCCAACGAGGAAAAGAUCUUUGACGACAUUGUUUUCGUAGAGGUAUCAGAAUCUCCUGAUGUAAAGAAGAUUCAGACAACAAUUGCAGAGAAAUUGGGUGUGGAAUUCAAACAAGAAAGUGAAAUGGCAAAUAAGAUAUAUUCAAGAAUGAAGGACAAGAAUAUUCUUCUAAUUCUAGAUAACAUUUGGGAACCUCUAGAAUUUGAAAAGACGAUAGGAAUUCCUUGCGGAGUUGAUCGUGGAAGAAAUAAACUUUUGUUCACAACAAGAAACUUAGAUGUGUUGGAGAGGAUGGGUUCCACAAAUAAUUUCAGGAUGGGCAUUUUAAAUGAAGAAGAAGCUUGGACUCUAUUCACUAGAAUGACAGGAAAUAUUAUUCAAACACGUGAAUUGCAUUCUCUAGCAAAAGAUGUAUGUAAGGACUGCAAAGGAUUACCUAUUGUAAUUUGUACAAUAGCUAAAACAUUAAAAAACAAGAGUCAGCCAUCUUAUUGGAAGUGUGUAUUGCAAGAAUUGAGAGAACCUUCUCCAAGAAAGUAUACAAGAUACCUAGAAGAGGAUUACGCAAAGAUCGCCUUAAGUUACAAGUAUUUAAGGGAUGAUGAACUUAAGAAAACAUUUUUAAUUUCUAGUCUAAUGAAAAAUAAUACUUCCAUUUCUGACUUGUUCAAACAUGUUGUGUGUCUGGAUGUGUUUGAUAGAGCUAAUUUGACAAUGGAAGAAGCACGAGAUAGACUAGAUAUAUUGGUUUGUGACCUCAAAGAUGCUUGUUUAUUGCUUGACGGGUUCGAAAGCAGCCAAUUUGCUAUGCAUGAUGUUGUUCGUGUUGUUGCCAUAACAAUUGCAUAUGUGGAUCACCAUGUGUUUACAACAAGAAAUGAUGAACGAGAUUGGAAGGAUAGAGACAAACUCAAGAAAUGCACAAUGAUCUCUUUACUUAGUGAAAAUACUAUUAUUAGUCAACUUUGCCCUAACAAUUUGGAUUGUCCAAAUCUUGAAUAUUUAUAUAUAACUAGAACGUGGGACUCUUCUUUUGAAAUCCGGGAGGACAUUUUCACGAUGAUGCCAAAGCUUAGAGUAUUGAAUUUAGGUGGGCUAUGGCAAUCAUCAUUGCCAUCAUCAAUUGAUAGUCUGACAAACCUUCAAACAUUGUGUUUACAUAAUAGUCGAGUUGAAGAUUUUGCUAUUAUUGUAAAGCUAAAGACAAUAAAAGUUCUUAGCUUGCAAGGGUUAGAUAUUGAGGAGUUUUCUUUACAAUUGGGUCAACUGACUCAACUAAGGUUGUUAGAUUUAAGUUGGUGUCGGAGAUUGAAAGUAAUUGCUCCAAAUGUGAUAUCACAAUUAUCCAAAUUGGAAGAAUUUUAUAUAGAGGGAUGUCCUAUUAAAUGGAAGGAUGGCGUAUUCAAGGAAUUGAAGCUCUUGUCUAACCUCACCAGUUUAAAAUUGGAUAUUGAAGUUAACAAUGUGUUGCCUAAAGAUUUUGUUUCCAAAAAGCUUAGAAGGUACAAAAUAACAAUACGAGGUGAGUAUUAUGAAGAUCCAAUAAGUAAAUACUCAAGGAUUUUGGCAUUUGCUUGUAAUUCUACCAUCUCCCAAGAAGAAUUAGGUGGAAUCAAUGAUGUUGAAGUCUUACACAUAGUCAAAUCUUCAGAUGACGAGAAGGAUCUUGAUGAAAAGCAAAUGCUACCAUUAUUUAAUGAGAAGGUUAUUUUCACCAAUUUGAUGGCCUUGAAAUUGACCAAUAUUAGUUUUGGAAAGAUUUGGGAGAGUCAACUUUCAAUUUCUUGUUAUCAAAAUUUGACACAGUUGAUUUUGAAGAAAUGUGAUAAAAUAAAAUAUGUGUUUCCAUUUUUCAUAAUCAAAAACCUCCAACAACUCCAAUACCUUAAGAUAACGGAUUGUGAGGUUUUAGAGAAGAUUGUUCAAGAAGAUGAAGGAAAAGAAGUGGUUGAUUCUAUCUUUCCACGGUUAACGAAAUUGGAGCUUAGAUAUUUACCAAAACUUAAUGUUUUCUAUCUUGGAGUAGAUGCUUUGGAAUUGCCAAUGUUGAAAGAGUUAAAGAUAUUAUAUUGUUCAAACUUUACUUCAACAUAUCAAGGCUUCCAAGAAAAUAACAAGAAAGGUGAAGUUCAAGUUUCUGAAUCGAAAGCCAUUUGCUUGGAGCAUAAGGUCAAUUCUGAUUUGAAAGCAUUUCAUUUUGAGGAUGAUGUGGUAUCUAUUACCUGGGAGAGUCAAUCUAGAACUCUUGAAACCUCCGUCGGAAGUCUUUCAGUGAAACUCCUUCAAAAAUUUUACAAUUUGAAAGUGCUCAAAAUAGUUGUUAUAGACUGA